AUGAACCAUGCAACGCUCAAGCUUCUUUCCAUGCAAGCUUCUUUCCAUGCAAAUUUCGAGGGAAAUCGCUGGCUUGGUGAUGCAUAUCUGACUCACGGCCUUGAUUCUCGCGCCUCACUGGUUCCAGACUUGAUUCCUGUUGUAGAGUAG